AUGGGCGGUAUGAGAAUUGUGUCUUUGGAGCAGCUUUUCGAAGGAACCAUGCAAAUGUCGUUGAGCGGAUAUCUCGGAAAAGUGUUUGAUGGAUUCUCGAGAAAACGCGCGAUCCUUACUGUCGUGCCAAUCAACAACUUCACGAUUUGCCUGGCGGCUGGACUGAUUUUAACAUGCCUUUCUAUUGAUCCAGGAUCCCCUUUGUUCAUAGUAUGUUUGGUAUUAAGUAUGGUCACGUGUGCCGUCAAUCGAUUAUUUCUAAACGCCGAAAAAUUUAUUGUGAGCAAAGAUUGGAUAGUGGUUCUUGGAGAUGACUCCACUUUAUCAAAUAUGAACGCUAUUUUUACUUCGCUGGAUCAAUUUGCUAACGUGAUUUCACCACUGGUCACUGGAGCGCUUGUGACAUUACUUGACAUUCGAAUGACAGUGUUAAUUUUUGGAAUUGUAUCUACAAAUAAUAACGAGUGCCUUCAUACGAAAAAGCGGGAUGAAGAAAAAGACGAAUUCUUAAAAUCGUCUACUGAGGAUACGUCAAAUCAAGGAGUUAUCUCAACAUACUGGCGUCAAUCCGUGUUCCCCGCUGCCGUUGGAAUGGCGCUUUUAUUCAUGACGGUUCUAGGAUUUGAUGGGCUUGCUGUUGGCUAUGGAUCAUCCGCAGGCCUUCCAGAGUAUCUGAUUGGAGCCUUCCGAUCUUACGGAUCAGUCGCUGGCAUUCUCGGAGCCUUCUCUUAUGCAUUCUUCGAGAAACGCUAUAGUGUCGCCACUUCAGGAGUAUUAGGCUUAAUCGUACAGCAGAUCUUCAUUAUUCUCGCGGUUGUCUCAAUCUGGCUCCCAGGAUCACCGAUGAAUCUCUCUGGAUAUUUUGGGAAUUUCACAAUUCAAGGCUGGUGGCACGACAUGGCUCAUGCAUUUGAUGGUCAGAACACUACCAAUACGAAUCCCAAUAUUGAUUGGAAGCAUUUCACUUCUGAUGGCGUCAGCUUGGACAGUAUUUUUGUAUUCCUCAUAGCUAUUGCUAGCGCCAGAUAUGGGCUGUGGUGCCUCGAUCUUGCGAUCACUCACCUCAUGCAGGUCAACGUGCCCGAGAAGCAAAGAAACACGGUGUUUGGUGUUCACAACGCACUGUGCCAAACAUUUUCAGUGCUCAAAGAUCUUCUUGUGAUUAUUCUUCCGCUUCCAGCCACAUUUGGACUAUGCAUUAUGAUUUCCUAUGGAUUUGUAACUGUUGGUCACGCAUUCUUCAUCUUCUACCUCUUCAAAUCCAAAUUAAUCAGUACGGUUGGAAGGAGGCUCUCAAAAUUGAGCAUGGAUUCUUAA